CCCCCACGUGGGCCGGGGAGACCUGAGCGGGCGGCUGCGAAAGCUGGAGCAGCGGCGGCUGGAGUAGCGGCCCGGAGCAGUUUGAGAAACUGAGUCCACAUGGGCAGAGCUUGGAGUGGGGGACAAAGAUGAACUCACCCAAACCCAGCCCUGUGGAGACUCCCCUCCUGGGCAGAGGGAGAUAAGACAGUCCACAGAUACCUGUUGUGUAAGAGAUUGCAAUGCGUGGGCAGGAAGAAAGCCGAGCAGAGAGGGAAGGAGAGCCUGGGGCCCUGGAGAGAGUCCAGCCUGCAAGCUAAGCACACAGCAGACACCCCAGCAGGCUCUCUUAAGGCCAGCAGACUGUCCUGAGCGCCACCAUGCAGCCCCAGUCUGUUCUGCACAGCGGUUACUUCCACCCUCUGCUUCGGACCUGGCAGGCAGCCGCCACCACCCUCAGUGCCUCCAACCUCAUCUACCCUGUCUUUGUCACGGAUGUUCCAGAUGAUGUCCAGCCCAUCGCCAGCCUUCCGGGAGUGGCCAGGUAUGGUGUGAACCGACUGGAAGAGAUGCUGAGGCCUUUGGUAGAAGACGGGCUGCGUUGUGUCCUCAUCUUUGGUGUCCCCAGCAGAGUUCCCAAGGAUGAGCGGGGCUCUGCAGCUGACUCUGAGGAGUCUCCAGCUGUUGAGGCCAUCCACGUGCUGAGGAAGACUUUCCCCAGCCUUCUGGUGGCCUGUGAUGUCUGCUUGUGCCCCUACACCUCCCAUGGACACUGCGGGCUCUUGGAUGAGAAUGGAACAUUCCGGGCCGAGGAGAGCCGCCAGCGGCUGGCAGAGGUGGCACUGGCCUACGCCAAGGCUGGAUGUCAGGUAGUAGCCCCGUCGGACAUGAUGGAUGGACGCGUGGGAGCCAUCAAGGAGGCCCUGAUGGCACAUGGACUUGGCAACAGGGUAUCAGUGAUGAGCUAUAGCGCCAAAUUUGCCUCCUGCUUCUACGGGCCUUUCCGGGAUGCAGCUCAGUCAAGCCCUGCUUUUGGAGACCGCCGCUGCUACCAGCUACCCCCCGGAGCCCGAGGCCUGGCCCUCCGUGCAGUGGACCGUGAUGUGCGGGAAGGAGCUGACAUGCUGAUGGUGAAGCCAGGAAUGCCCUACCUGGAUGUCGUGAGGGAAGUGAAGGACAAGCACCGCGAACUCCCCCUCGCUGUGUACCACGUGUCUGGAGAAUUCGCCAUGCUGUGGCACGGAGCCCAGGCCGGGGCGUUUGAUCUCAAGGCUGCUGUCCUGGAGGCCAUGACUGCCUUCCGCAGAGCAGGUGCCGAUGUCAUCAUCACCUACUACACACCCCAGCUGCUGCAGUGGUUGAAGGAGAAAUGAUGGAGAGAGGGUGCAGGACCCAAGGACCAGAACUCGAGAAAACUCCCAAGGCCUUGGUGAAGUGAAAGCCAAAGUAAAUUCUGCUUUUAGAACUGUG